GGCUAAAGUCAUUGUUGCAUACCUGACUGCUGCCACUCUUUAAAUCUCUCUACAUCACAAAAAUCACAUCAAGCAGCAACCAAAAUGCUCCCCCAACUCUUUGUUUCUUCUUGCCUUGCUCUAGCCAGUGUCUCGUCAGCAUAUAUGUUGCCAAAGCGCCAGACAAGCGACGGGAUCGCGAUCACAGACUUUAACAAGAAUGCUACGUCUACUAGUGGGAUAGGAAACGUAGCGGCCGCAGGGACUCUAGCUCCCUUUGGCGAAGUUGGUGUUGGCUGCGGCAUAAACUGGGCAAGCAACGUUUCCUACGGAGGAGGGCUUCAAGCUGGCUCCGACGUCUUUGGAUUGGGUGGCGGCUACACCAUCAAACCAGAUUCCCUCGAGCUCGGUGCCGGAAUUGGUGUCAACUCGGUGAACGCAAGCGCCAAUAUCCAGUUCUCUGGCACAAAGAACGGUUCUUUUGAGUUGACUUUUGAGAGCUCGAGCCCUAUCAUCUGCACACCUGGAACACAAGAUGGGAAGUUCACUGUCAGAUGUACAUCGGUGUGAGGUUGCGAUACUGCACGGGGUCGAUAAGACCGUGCUUUAGUCUUGUUCAAUUGUAUCAUAUCUCGGCCAUGCGGGCCUGGCGUUAGUUUAAACACAUGUCUGGCGUUCCCUAUAUGCGAAUAGGUCAUGUAUUCUCCACCAUCAUUACCUCGUCUGGUCAAAAUGAUAGCAGCCUUUUUGCCAAGUUAGAAGUAAGUCACAGCCAAAUCUUGCAACUUCUUGACAACUACAUACAAAAGGAAUACAGA